UAGAGAGUACAGGGGCGCCGACAAGAGUGAGUGCUGUAAACAGAGAACGACAAUAAGAAGUAUUGCUAAAACAAGAGUAAAACCCGGACAAGAACAUUAAAACACCUGACGGACACUUCUUCAUGGAAUUUACAAGAAAAUAUCUGCCUAUGGAAUGGGAGGAACGCUGGAGAAGAGAGAAAGAGCGCAGAAAAAGGAUGAUAGAAGAAGGAGGAGAGAAGUUUGAGGAGGAGAAAAGGAAGCUAAAAUGGAUCGUAUCCUACAACGACAGUAGGAUAGGAAUAAAAAAGCAGGCAGAGAAGGAGAAUGAUGGUGAUAAUGUGGAAGAAGAUGAACUGCAAAGGUACCAUAGACAAAGUUACCCAAGUGAGAUCUUCCAGACUCUGGAGGAGAUGAAGAUGGAGAACGUCCUCACAGACCUGAUCCUGAGCACAGAGGAUGGGCUGAGCCUCCACGUUCACUCGCUUGUCGUGGCUGCGGUGAGCUCCAUCAUCCAGCAAAAGCUCCAGGAGAGGGAUGGAGAUGAGAAGGAGAUCUCGCUGAGAUUGCAUCCUGAGGUUAAUGGUUCUGCUUUGGCUGCAGUGGUGGAGUUUGCUUACACUGGAGCCAUCACCAAUCUGAACAAAGACAACAUGAUGCAGAUUCAGACCGCAGCUGUUAGUCUGGGAGCUCCGAGAGUCAUGGAGAUCUUCAAAGUGGAGGACGAUGGAGGUAACAAGGAAGACAAGCUGAGAAAGAUCUCACCGGAAGAGCAAAUGAAGGUCGGUCUGCAGUCCAUGCAGGACUUAUGGGCCAAAAGAGUGGGAUGUGAUGUAGAACUUGUUGCAGAAGAAGUUGUUUUCUGUGCUCACAGGGUGCUCCUGGCAGCCAGCAGCGACUACUUCAGAGGCAUGUUUACCAGCGGUAUGAAGGAAAGCCAGCAGGAGUCUGUGUCUCUACUGUUAAUCGGAGCCGCUGAGCUCGAGGCCCUCCUGCACUGCGCCUACAGCGGCGCUUUGGUGCUCGGGUGGGGCUGCGUGUUCGAACUCGCCUGUACCUCGCUCCAGUUUCAGUUUCAGCCAGCUAUCUCGCUCUGCCUUCAGUUCCUGGAGCAAGAAAUGGAUGUCCACAACUGCCUGGAUGUGGCAUCUUUCGCAGAGGCCUACGGGAUGGCUGACUUGAUGGAGCUAGCUGAGGAUUUUGUUCUCAGACAUUUCCAAGAAAUAUCUGCCACCACAAAGUUUCUGGACCUCCCGGCCGAGAAGCUUCUGCAGUUCCUCCGAUGCGAUGCGCUGUCCACUCCAUCGGAGCUCACUGUUUUCCGAGCGGUCAUCACCUGGGUGGAAGCGGAUCCCACCGAACGCCUCCCGCAGGCCGAAGAGCUCAUGCGAGCCGUGCGUUUUCCAUUCAUGACCUUCCGAGAAUUUCGAGAGGUUCGCGCUGUGAACCUGAGCAUGGAAUGCAGUGGAGACGUUGAGGUUGAACUUUACAAAUCAGCGCUGAAGGAGUUUGGAUUUGGCAUCUCUGACUGCGUGGCGAGGAAACGUGUGCGUCACCCCAAAGACGCCCUGGUUUUGGUCGGAGGUGAUGAGCUGAAUCCAGACAUGGGUAAUCGGCUUCCCAGCAAGCAGCUCUGGUUUGCUAACUCUCUGAGAAGCGGAACAGGCCUUGUGAAGGAGAUUGAGUGGCGAUUGCUGGGAGAAAUGCCAGAUCAGGCCAGAUUUAGACACGGCGUUGGGGUCCUCGAUGGUCAGCUAUAUGUAGCUGGAGGCUGCCACUUCUACGCAAAGACUGACACCAUGAAAUCUGUUUACAGGUACGACCCUGAGCGAGACCACUGGGAAAGGCUGGCAGAUCUUCAUGAACUGAGGAGUAACUUUACGCUGGUGGUCAGUGGAGACGGCCUGUAUGCUAUCGGAGGAGACAAAGACAUCAACACAAAUCUUGAAAGUGUGGAAAAAUACUCACCAGAAACAGAUUCCUGGAGCUUCUGCCAUCCUUUGGACCAAGCCUUGAGCGGUCAUGCUGCCACCAUCUGGGGAGGCAAGAUCUUCAUCUCAGGAGGCUUCAACUGCAAGUAUGAAUGCCUGGUGUCCAUGUUCCUCUACCACCCAGAGAGAGGAACCACGUACCUCGCUGAGAUGACCCACGACCGGGCCCAGCACUGCAUGGAGAGCCUGAAAACCGCUUCUACGUAGCUGGCGGGGUGUGCAACCUCCGGAAGUACUACACUGACCAACUGGUCUGUGAGAUGUACAACCCUGUACGUGACACCUGGACGGUGUUCACUCCUCUCCCCAUUCCCCACGUCGGCGCGGCCUCUGCUGCCUUGGAGGAGAGGCUGUAU